AUGGAUGUUCACUCUGAGCAUAGUGAGGAUGAUUAUUAUGAUCUUGAAGAUUAUGACAUGGAUGAAUCUCACUACUUCUAUGUUAUAAAUGCAAUAUUGAGUGGGACAGCUAGGCUCAAUAUUCUCUUACCAACAGUGACAACUCUUGCCUUCAGCAUUUUUGCACCUAUCUUAACCAACGAUGGCGAAUGCAGCAUUUUGAAUCGCUGGUUGACGGGCAUCUUCCUAUUUAUGUUGGCAGUGUCCUGUGUCUUCUUCACCUUCACCGACAGCUUCAAAACGGCCACUGGCAGGGAGUGGCAACAUUUAGAGGGAUAUGGACUUUUUGCAGUGGCAGGAAGAAACCCUGCGUGCCAUCAGAUUACAGGCUUACUUGGUUUGCACUAUGAUGUUGUGAAAUGUUAUUAUCCUGGAAUGCCUAGGAAGGUGACCAACACUCUUCCCCUUGUGGUUGGUUUUGUAGUGAGCAUCCUUUUUGUAGUGUUUCCUUCUAAGAGGAGAGGGAUUGGCUAUCCAUUUUUGCUGCAAUCAGAUCCUAUGUACUCUAGACAUUGA